AUGGAGGUUGACAAGGACGUUUUAUCCAGGGAUUGCCUUGUUGAGUUUGCCAAUGCACUAACCGAUUAUAGAAUCGAACAAUUUAAUGAUAUAGAAAAUGUUGAUCCUUUUGAUAUAAUUAGACAGUUCCGUUCUGUUAUUGCGAAGACUUCACUUCAGGCAAGUUCAAAUAUUGAAGGUUUGGAUACCGUUUGGAAUUCAGAUUUGGUUUUAGAGGCAAAUUUUUGGCACUUAGUUGAAAUUUUAUUAAGUUUUAGGACUUCACAAGAGUUUCUUGAUAAAGAAAGUUCGAUAUCAUCAAAACCUUAUAAUUCCAGUAUAAUUUUCGAGAAAGAAUUGUUGCAAAAGGAUAAAAAUUUAUAUCAAAUUUGGUUAAUUAUAGUUUGGAUUGAAGGUAAUUUCCCAUUUGUAGAGAAACCUAGUAAUAUACCUAGUUCAAAAUGGACAAAUACUUUAGUUACAAGUGGUCUAAUGAGCUCAGAUUUGGAUUACCCAUUGAGGGAUUGUUCUGUGGUUAUAAAUGAUAAGGACAAGGCAGAUGAUCACGUUUUUUACAAGUAUGUCUAUGAAUUACUAUUAUGUGGCAAUUAUGAUCAAAUCUUCGAAGAGUGUAAGUUAUCUGAUAAUAUCACUUUAAAUAUGAUUAUGUGUGGUAUGCAAGAAUAUGUUGAUCCAUCGAUUGACGUACAGUUAAAGGAUGAAUUUGAGGUACAACAAGGUGUAAAAAAACACUCUUUAUGGCGUAGAGCUGUUUAUAGUUUAUCGCAAAACGACAAACUAGAUAAAUAUGAAAGAGCUAUUUACAGUUACUUAGCUGGGGAUAUACCAAAUGAUGAAGUAUUACAAACAUUGAACUGGGAUUCUGAAUUAUUGGUUUAUCUAAACCAAAUAUUAAAAAUCGAAGUUGAAAAUUACCUUUUACAGAAUGGAAAGGUAAAUAAUGAUGAAUUAAUUUUAUCGUUACCAUCUAAUACAAUGGAUUUACAAUCUAUAUUAAAUUUAUUGUCAGCUAAGCAUCCAGAAGAAAGUGAGCAUCCAAUUAGAGUACUAAUCGGAUCUGUUAUGUUAAAUACAAUUCCUUCAGUUUUGCACUCUUCAGUUUCCAUGCUGAUGAACGUCGUUACUGGAAUAGAAAAUGAUAACGAUAUCUUUGGUGAACCUUACUUGUUAAGAGUUGUUACACAUAUGACAAUCUUCUUAGAAAUUCUUAACCCAGGCACUAUAUCUGAAUCAGAUAAAACAAAAUUAAUUACUGCAUAUAUUAGCAUUUUAAAGUCACAAGAACUUUAUGAUUUAAUACCAAUUUAUAUCAGCUUCUUGAGCCACAAUGAAGCUAUUGAGGCUUCCUCAUUCAUUUUGUCAAACCUAGAGGGCAAAGACAUAAGGAAAAAGCAAUUAGAAAUAUGUAAUUUCCUUAAGUUACCUGUAGAAGAUAUGUUAAAAAGAACGACACAAUGUGUAUUCGCAGAAACUGAAUCUGAAUAUACACCUGUUGGUGACAUAACAAUUUCAUUUGAAAGUUCUGAUAUUGAUAGACAUUUGAUUCUUGGAGUAGAUUGGUUAAUUGAAGGAAAUUUAUAUGAAGAUGCUGUGGAAUCAUCAAUUGCCUUAUCAAGAAGAUUCUUAUUAAAUGGUAAAGUCAAAUCGUUGGAAAUGUUUUUGGAUGAAAAACCUAUUGAUGAUUUAUUAAAAAAUUACCAACUCUCGAAAAUACAUGAAAUGGAUGUUGAUAGUACAGAAGAUACAUCAGUGCUAGAAAUACAACAAUAUCGAUAUCUUAUCAACAUAUUUAAACAGUAUAUGGAAUGGGAAAAGACAGUUAAAUUGUUAAAUUCAGAAUCAAAUAUUCCAAGUAUUAUUGAAAAAUUUCAAGAAUUUUUCCAAAGCACAUUUAAACUGAUAAAGACAUUUUUAGUAGAUUUAACUGAAAAUAUUGAUCAUAAAGAUCAUGACAUUUUAUUUGAAAUUAGAGCAUUAUACACACCAUAUUUGAUAAUGGAAUUGCAUAAAGGUCUCGUUGAAGCAGCAUCAUUACUAAGAAUUCCAAGGUUUAUUAAAGAUGCUUUAAAUAUAACCAACUUAGUCGCUAACGAAGAUGACAAAAUUUAUUUACUAUUCCAAUCAAGUGGUAAGUUAAAAGAAUAUUUGCAAUUGGUUGCUCAAACUGCUACCUUAACUCCAUAG